CCGGAGCGGGCCCGCACCUUCUGCAACCAGUUCUCUCGUUCUCUCCGCCCAAUGAGGGCGCGGUGAGAAGUGUCACGUGACGCUCCGCUCUCCCUGUUUUGGCGAAAAGGUGAGAGGAAGCGCUUCUCAACAGCGCGCGGAGGAGGAACGCCGGAAUCCCGCGUGCGUUUUUUGAGCGCCCGCCGGCCGCUCGGCAUUCUUGUGCGGCAGUGGCCGCCGGUGGGUGCGUGGUGGCAGCGGUUGCCGGAGAAAGCGGUCUGUGUGUGCUCCACGCAUUCUGGAUGCCCUGCGGUGCGUGCGACUUGCCUUUUGUUGGUGCCGCUACCCUGCUGCACCGGAGAAGCAGUGCUGCCGGAUAGGUUCCUUUCCGUCCUCCCGUGGCGCGGCGUUCUCAGCGACAGUGUUGUCGUCUGCGUCUGUCGUGAGCAUGGUUGUGCGUCGACUUCCAAGAUGAUGAAGUGGAGGGUUCAGGGCAAGCCAGGCGGCUGCUCCACGAGGAAGAGCAUCGGAAUCCGAUCAGCCAAGCGCGCCAACGUCGAAGACUCCGACGAUGUCCGGGCGUCCCUGGAUUUCUUGGACCAAGUGAUCGCCGAGUACAACGGCAAUGCCGCGGAGAACACCGCGGUGAUGCCCGCUCCUGCCGAGGAGGACGCCACCGUCGCCAAGGGUUUCGGCUGUGCCCGAGCACGUGUGUCAUUGCCGUUUUUCAGCGGACCGGACGACCGCCCUGCUCCUGCUGCCUCCGACGAGAGACCCGACGUGCCGCCGCCGCACGAGCGCUUCUCCGUCAACCUGGUCAUCGUGAACGACGUCGUUAAGGAAGAGCCAGGCGUACCGGCAGCAGACGACACUACGCCACCACCGGUGCCCAAACGGCCCCCGCCAAGCCUGCCCCGUUCCUCUUCUACGGGCUCCGUGACGUCAUCGCGCGAGUAUCCCGUCAGUCCUCCGCCGAGGAGACGGUACCUAAGUCCCGAGCGAAGACGACGGGCGCUGAUGAUGAACGGAAAUGCCGCUAAUAACGGCACUACCUCGGCAAGCAUCCCGGACUCGCCGGACAACCAUCUCGACCGGCGUCCUAUCCGGCGUCCUAUCAUCGCUCCCCUCGACCCCAUCCUUCAGUCAACGACGCCGAGGCCACCAGCCGAACAACCUCGCGUGACGGCUGUCACGUGCCAAAGCGACACGAUAUCCUCCAGAACGCUGCUUAGGACAGGUAGCCAGCCGGCGUACGUAGAUUGUGAUGGCGACUCACCGGGCCAUCUGGAUCGCGUCGACAGCUUCGGCAGGGACGACGGUCUCCGUAAGCAUACGACUUCUGCAGGCGACUUCCGGUCGCCACCAGUGCAAACGUGCCUGCCGAAAGAGUUUGCUGAUCUUUCCAGCCCGAUGGAAGUGUCGAGAGCGCUAGUGAGGACGGGCAGCCAUGCUUCUGACAAUUACGUAAGCUCCAGCGCCGAUGGUAGGCCUCAGGACGGCAUUGUUACGAAUGACGGCAGCCUUCGGCGGCAACUGUCGUCUCCUAUAUGCUCCAGGGCUUUCUUCUAUUCUUCUUCUAAGCCGUGUGUUUUGCAGUGGCAAGAUGCAAGUGUGCAGGAUGUAGGUGACGAGGCAAAGAAACCAUCGGGAACAGCUUUACGGGUUGGUUCCCCAAGUCAGCAUAAGAACCACUCCAAUGACAUUGCUGAAAGGCAACUCAGUAGCCAAAAUAAGUCAGAUAGCUUUAAGCCUGCGGCCCGUUCACAGAAUGGUCACUUGGAGUCGGAAGACAGCAAAGUCGCCCGUGUGGUCAACGGUCGUGACUCUCCUAACGGAACCUUUCACGAUAGGGACAACACCAAGCUAACAGUAACGUUUCGAACUCUGCCAGAAACGGGGAGCUUCCGGCGCAAAUCCGAAUCUCGCAACUCCAUCCACGUGGACUUCAACGUUCGCGACGGCCUUCCUUGGAACGGGCGGACACAAAGCGCCGCGUCGCCUAGCAACGGUGACCCAAUCAUCGAGAAUGGCCACACCGCAGCGGUAUCGAGCUCAGCAGGUUUGUGUCGCAGUCGCAGUCUCCGAAGCCAUCGGAAACCCGAGUUGUCGGACGGCGUCGCUGCGUCCAGGACGAUGGAGGACUUCUCACCUCCGCCGCUUCCACCACGCAAGGCCAAGGAGGAGGCCAGGCGGCAGGCAGAAGAGAACGCCUCGCCCACGCUCAAGAGGGUCACCUUCCACAUCCUUCCCACGACCCACGAGAAGCCGGAACACAAAGACAGGCCUUCCUCCGCGGAGAAGCCGCCCUCGGCCGAAGAUUGUCCGGAGGACGGCUUCUUCACGCGUCCGCCCCCGAAGACUCCGUCGCCCGUAGCGGGAAAAGGCCGAGCGGCGUCGCCCGUGUGCCAUAGGGCAACAAACGGCACUCGCUCGCCCGUCGCCGGGAAGAUGGGAGAGCCGUCGCCCCAGUGUCAACGCAGGCUGAACGGAUGCACCAAGGCAGCGCCAGCCGUCGCCAAGGUGGUUCACGGCAGCAAAGCGGGAUCGAGGGACACCGCGAGGACGCCGCAGGGACACGCAGCGAAGGAUCCCAAGGCGAACCCCAAGGUCAAGAAGACGUUCGAACCACCUCCGGCGGCGAGCGAUGUCUCUACGGACUGCUACAACGUGUACAACGUGCGCACCGGGAAGAUCUCCUCCACCGUGACCAAGCCGAACGCGCUCGGCCGCAGCCCGGCCCGAGUGCCCCUGGAGAGCGUCCGGUGCGCCAACGGAACCGCGGCGAGCCAGCUGACCAAGCUGAGGAACAUGUCUCCGACCAGGGAGGCGGAGAAGCUCAUCGGCAAGAUCAUCUCUCGGUGCAAGUCGAGCGCGGUGCUGAGCGGCAAGGACAAAAAGCCCGCCUCGUCGCCGCCGCCGCCCCCUCCAUCAGCGGACGGCGCCAACGCUCAGCCGCAGCUGCUCAAACUCACCGCCAGGCAGCAGCAGCGACACAGCAGGUGCACGAAGUGCGCCCAUGCCCAGGCGGCCAAGUGACGUCACCGACAGUGGAGAGUCUGAUGACGUUAUGCACCUGAUGCCGGCCCUCGCUUUCGUCCUCUAAACAGCACUCACUCCUUCCUUCUCCCCACACGGUCGGCACUCUGCCAAGUGGGCAACCUCCGACUGAGAAAAACAACGCAGCCACCCGAAACGGGACCCCGAGCGCGCGUUUUGUCUGUAUCGCUUGUUUGACGGGGCCCAGGUAUACACGCCGCUUGCCGGACGGUUUUCUUUUUCUUUCUUCUUCAAGAGAGAGAACAGGAUCGUGGCUGCGAGUCCGAAGAAGAUGUACAUUAGUCCUGUAAUUAAAGAUGCCUGUUAACAAUCUAACAGUUGUUACUAGCGCCCAUUGA